AUGGCGACUGGAAUAGCUGCUUCUUCAUCUUCUGCCCAUCUCUUCUAUCGACAGUCCUCCAGCAUGUAUCACAGCAGUCAGCCGCAAUACAACUACUCCCCUCCCACUCACCAUCAACCACCUCCGCCCCCGCCGUCGUCCAGGUCGUCGGCCGAUAUCUCGCCCUCGACCCGUCCGCACAGGCUGGUCGAUGUUCCUACCACUCACUCUACUAGCACAAAGUCGCUCCCGUCUAUCCACGAGGCUCUGGGCAAAAACAACCCACUCCCAUAUCCUCAUCCCCAGUCGUCCGUAUGCGGCCCCUCACAGACAUCAGGUCACCUGGCGUCGUCUUCAAAUCCCAUGGCUGGACCCAGCGCAGAAGGGCCGAGUGGACCGUCGAAUCCAUUCUCUUCCACUAAUUCCUCGGCGCCUUCCUUGCGGGAUUCCCUGCUCAACUCACAACAGCCGCCACACCACCAAUCGGCUCCAUCUCAGUCCGAAAGCUCGAUAAGGUCCCAGGACUCGCAGAAUCACUCUGCCCACUCGAUAGGGUCGGAAAAAUCAUCUUCCCGAAGCUCAGUUGCUGACAGGACUUCCAUAUGUACUUCUCAUGCGCCUUCCUUUGAUAUGCUUUCUACAACGUCCACUGCCGUGUCUUCGCCAACAAGCUAUGUAUCACCGGUGACAUACAACCCGCCAUCCUACGCAUCACAUCGAAGUGUCCCUCCUUCGCAGACCUUCCCCCCACCAUCGUUCGAAGGCAGGGCCGCCCAUUCGACAUGGAAUUUUGGCUCUUCAGAUCAUACGCCAAUGGAUGGGGUAAAGUCAAUGCAGAGGAGUAACGGUAACGGGAUGCCAUACUGUGACGCAGUUAAGAGACAUCUUGAUGAUUACGACGUCCGAGCAUCUCUAAACGAGGUCCGAGACACCAGUUCCCGUACACUAGAUAUACUUCGACCACGUUCGCAACGUCCCCAGUCGACUAGGCCAGAGUCAAUCGACUCAGCUAGCUCUCUACCCUCGCUAGCUGAAAUCGAAGAGUUGCUCCACCUCCAUCGCCACACGGCAGAGAUUCUGGAAAGAAUCCGUUCCGCCGCAAUCUCCCAUGAACACUCUUUAAGCGAGCAGCGUAACCACCAGCAAAUCUUCAAAACAGAUCACAUUCGCGACAAAGAGCGGAUGUCCAUGUACAGCGAUGAGUACAAGAAUGGAGGCGGCCUGGCCAGUGGCAAUGGUCACAUUAUGGGCAGUUCUAGCCUUGAAAAGAAGCGCAGGAAGGCUGCCCCGCCUGGCCGUUGUCAUAGCUGCAAUCGUGCUGAGACUCCUGAGUGGCGAAGAGGACCUGACGGUGCUCGUACUCUCUGCAACGCCUGUGGUCUUCACUACGCCAAACUCACUCGCAAACAAGGUCUUAACAAAACAGCAUCAUCUACGGCUCCCACGUCGCAGAUGGCAAUGGCUGAGAGCAACAUCAGGCCCGGAGCUGGUGUUGGUCGAUCACCCCCUCUCUAG